AUGACGCGCACGUUUGCUUUACGACGACCGGUGUUGUUGACGAAGGACACCUCCGCCGCGGCUGCAGUCGCAACAUCGGGGAGCCGCAAGAGCACACCACGUGCGGCUCCGGGCGAGGCAGCGUUAGAGAAGAAUUCGGAGUCUCCGCCCGCGAAUCGUCCUGCGUACGUGUCGGAGCGGCGCCGGCCAUCAUCGUCGUUGUCGUGCAGCGCCACGCGUUUUCUCGCCUACGCGCCCGUCCCUCCACCCCCGUCAUCCAGCCAGCCGCGGCGGUCACGCAGAACGUCGCUGGCCUCCAUGACGAGCAACUCGUCCACCUCGCUUCAUCAGCACCGGCUGUCCGUGGCCGAGGAAGCUGCGGCGACGCGCCUCUUUUUUUAUCCGAUGGUGUCGCUCACCGAGGCGCAAACUGACGACGCAGAGAACCGUAAAGCCGACGCGGAGAGCGGCGCUGCUGCGUGCGACGCCGUCGCGAAGUCCUCGCAUGAGCCAGCGGCAGUGACCAAUGGAGAUGGUUCGUCGUCGGGGCUGGCCACGAGAACAAGCAGCGUCAGCGUCACCAGCCUACCACGCCGAAGUGACACCGACCACCAGCCGCCGCAGCAGCCGCGUCGCUCCUCGCGCCAUUUGCCGGGCGCAUAUGAGCCGUCACACGGCGUCGUCGAGCGACUGCGAGAGAGGGGGAAUGCAUUCAUGAUGCGUGAAGAGUUUUCCCAGGCGAUUGCCACCUACAGCGAGGGCAUUCGACUCGCGCCGAGCUGCGACGCCUUGUGGGGCAACCGCGCCGCAGCGCUUUUGCUCACGUUUCGGUACCUCCCCGCCGUUGCGGACUGCCUCUACGUGCUAAGUGUAAAGCCCGGAAACGUGAAGGCGUACUGGCGAGCCGCAAAAGCCUACGCAGCGGCGUACCGGUUCCUCGACGCCAAGAAGUACUAUUUGCUGGCGCAGCAGGCGUGCAUGCAGGAGCGUGGCCGGCUGCACUCCGUGCCCUCGGAUGGCCUCAGCUUCUCCAACGGCGGCCUCAACGUUGACUCCGGUUGCGGCGGGGUGCCUGCGGGGCGGCCGCGGACGAGCAGAAACAGCAGCGGCAGUGGCAACGACCCACAGGACGGCAACAAGCAAGACAAGGCGGCCAGGGAGCGGCAGUCCAUCGCUGCGGAAAGGGCGGCGGUGGAGAUAGUGGAGCAGUACUGGCAACACGUGCGGGGAGAGCGGUGGCCGGAGGCGGUGGCGGUGAUCGACAGGAUCCUUGCCACCCCCAGCUACACCGGCCCCACCGCAGUGUCGUGGCGGGCCCUUCGGCUGGAGGCGCUUCUGCCGACGCAGCCGAAGAUCGCGAUGGCCGAAGCCGACGCCCUCCACCGCAAGUAUCCCGACGCGCUGGAGCUCCACUACGUCCUCGCCAAGGCGCUCUUCUACACCAUGCAAGACGCCGCGAGCACGAGGAAGUGUUUGCAGCUGCUGGACGAGGCCACCGCGAAGCGAAGUACGCAGAACACGAUGCUGAACACGCACGUCCGCUACGCCGUGAUGCAGCUGCGUGACAACCUGCUCGGCGAGGGCGGCGACACCGCGGCCGUGCAGCUGGAGGCGUGGGCACGACGGAACCAGCUGCGGGACGACAGCCGCGUCGCCGAGCUGCGACACACCAUUGACAAAUUCGCGCACCGGCGCGACCAGGGUAACAGCGCGUACGACAAGGGCAACUGGGACGCCGCGGCGGCCGCCUACACGCAAUGCCUCCAAACGGACCGCCUGAACCACGCCCUACUCGCCGCCGUGUACUGCAAUCGGACCGCCGUGUACAUGCAGGCGGGUCGUUGGCGGGAGGCUCUGAGUGAUGCCGACUCCGCCAUCCAGCUGAGCCCGCACCUCGCCACGGCCUACAGCAGACGUGGCCGCAUCCUGCUCUACCUGCUGUCACAGGAGUACGAGGCGCAGCGGGCCGUGCUGGCGCGUCACUUCACUACGCAGUGGUCGACCGCGGUGAAGGAGCAGCUCAUGCGGUACGCCGAUGCCGCCGUGGCUGACCUGUCCCGGGCGGUGGAGCUGUCCCCAGCGGCAGAACUCAGGAGUCAGCUGCAGCAGGCGCUGGCACAGCGGCAGACCGUGAAGGCGGCCUUGUGCGCGCCGCAGCCGGGCAACGCAAGGCAAGGCCGUUCGACGUCUUUCUCCUCUUCAGGGCAGGCGUUCCCGCGCACUGGCAACGGCAGUGCCAACGGACCUGCUCACCAGCGCAGUUACGCGGGCUCCCGACCGGCGUCUGCAACGUCGGCGGGUUGUGUGCUACAACAGCAUCUGCAGCUGCUCGGUGUGAAGAGCAGCGACGCGACUGCGGGCGUACUCCCGGACUUCAAGGUCGUUUCUAAGGCUUACCGCGAGUCCGCCCUGCGCUGGCACCCGGACAAGUGGGUCACGUCGACUCCGCAGGAGCGGCAGGAGGCGGAGCGGCAGUUUAAGAUGAUCUCCGUCGCGUACACCUUCCUUCGAGAGCGGUACAAUGAUAGAACAGUGACAUCGUGA